AUGUCGUUCGCGCACCGCACGCCGCGGCCCGCCCCGCUCAGGCGGCCUGCCAAUCUUUCACCGCCUCUUGAAGACGCCUGUUUUCAACCACCCAGCCGCAAGCGGCUCCGUCUGGAGGAGGCGGGUGGUGUCCCUGAGGCGGGGUGGCGGCUGCCAUGGGUGCCUCGCUUGUCUGAGGUGGAGAAAGCCUGGGAGUUGUCGCCCAGACCCUUCAAGGCGCUCCUCUUUUUAACGAAUGCCAUUUUUGACGACGCCACAGAUUCUCGUGUGGAGAAAGCCGUCAACGAGAAGCAGCUAGGUCGUCAGGGAUGCCCACGCGGCGAGUUUCCCAUGGACAGCUGUGGGCAGGCUCUCCCCUCAGGAAGUUCAGGCUGUGGGCUGGGGGCUCCAGGAGGGGUCGAGUCAGGACCCUCCGGCACAGAGCGGGUGGGAGAGCGCCUCAGGGUCAAAGCCCAAGCAGAAAUCGGCCACCUUGUGCCCCGCGCACAACUUGAGGCGGGAAAACGGCAUUUAGUCCAAGAGGGAGACGAUGUCCCGAGAGGCAAGGGUUACAGAAGGCAGGCAGAAAAUCCCUUUUUGGAUGUUACCUUUUUCAGGGAAACUAAAUCAUCGUCUCAAGAAAUUAGGAACAGAUGUAAUGUUGACAGUGUUAUGUCAUCAAAUAUAAAAGAAAAUAACGUUUCAUCAUCUAUACUAAAAAUAUCAAAAUCCCCAAACCAGCCCAGCUUGGAAAUUGCUAAACCAAGUUAUUUUAGAGAUCGUAGCACAAUGAGAAUCCCUAAUUUUCCAUCUGAUUUAAAUAGCAAAAUGUCCUUUAUCUAUUUAAAGGAAAUAGCAGAGAAAAAGAAUGACAAAUCUGAGGCAUAUGUUAGGGAUUUCACAAACAUUUACUGGUCCCAAAAUAGACCUGCUGUUAAGAAGCAAAAGUUACAAGAUGAUGCAAAAAGUGUGGAUAUGAAAAAAAUUUUUUCUGAGUGUUAUGAAAGUAAUCACCAGUCACUCAGCAACCAAAAUAAUUUUGAAAGAAAAAAAGAUUUGAUCGGCUUAAACUACUAUAAUCACAGUAGUACCAAGUGUGAUGUAAGACACUGUAAAAAGAAUUUCACUAUAAUACUAGAAAAUGCUAAUUGGGAAGAAGCAAAAACACACCUGGGUAGUUACUUCCUUAGCAACUUGGAAGUAACUCAAAGCUGGGACUGUAUCACUAGACAUAUUUUGAAAGUAAAUGGGAAAAAUUUAGAGAUUAUAAAUAAUCAUAGGAUUAAGUGUGAAAAUAUGAAAAGAUCUAGAGAAAAAUUUAAUUUACUACAAUUAUUUAAAAUGAGUCUGUUAAGCAAGGAAGGGUAUCACAAUACGAUAGUCAUGAAUGUGUUUGAAAAACAAGCAAAGCCUUUCAUGAUAAGAAUACUGGGUAGCCAGAAAACUUUACUAAAAGCUCUUUGGUUAUAUUGUAAAGGAGAAAAUAAUAUGCUAGAGUUGAGAUGUUGUACUAUACAGAAAUACUUUCAUGUAAGCCACAUUUUUCGAAGUGUUAUUACAGAAAUUCUUAAUUUUCAUAAAAAUAUUUCAGGAAAUCAAAAAGAUAAUAGAAUUUUGACCUGGUAUAACAUUUUGAAGUACAAAAAGCAAGCUGUUGUUCAAAAUCUAAUAACCAGGAACACGAAUGCCGUUAUAAAGAGGAGCAUUUUAAACAUAUACUUACAAACCAUUUUUGAACUUUUAAGAAUCACUAUGAAAGCCAGUAGAACUUCUUUGGUUAAUAACUUCGACUAUUUAACAAGACUUGAAAAUGACCCUGAAUUAGAAAAGGGAUGCCUUCUCAAAUGCAAACCGUAUUUGAAUUAUCUCAAAAUUAUGAUAGUGGAAAGGCAUACUGUAUAUCCAAUAAAGAUUUUAACUUUUUCAAGACAAUUAGAAGAGGUUAGGAAACCUACCAUAAAGAAAAGAAAGUUAUUUACAACUGAACAAGCUAUUGAUAGGUCUAAGGAAAAAAACAGUAAUUCUUUUAGCACAGCUAAUAAUAUGUGUUUUCCAAUUUUUGAAAUGUAUGAAAAAAAUCCUCUAAAGGACUUUGAUGACAUGAAAGGGAUUUCUUUGGCAAAAGAGAUUAGUUAUAAGAACAUAAAUGUGGCAAAUUUGGCUCCCUGUAGUUCUAGUACAGUUACAACACAUAUAAAGUCUGAUUCACAAUAUAUACAGAACAACCAUGGGUGUGUAAGUGAAAAAUAUUAUGACAUAAAUAUGCACAACCAAGUGUUAGACAGUGAAAGAAAAUGGAAACAAAAAGAGAUCAAUAUGUUUAGUUCUAAGUGCAUAUUUGAAGAUUUCUUCAAUGUUAGACGAUGGGCUGUACCAGCAAGGCACAGCUCAAUGCAAAGUGCGGAGACGAAUGAUGUGAAUGCAAAUCAGGUGCUAAAUUUUGGGAAAUUGCUAAGUGAAAAAGAAGGAAAAAAUUAUGACUCAGUUUUAGAAGAGGAAGUAAAAGUCAGAGUACAAGGUUUAACAAACAGUUUCCAAGUUCAUAAAGAUGUUAAUAUAGAAAAAGAAGGAAAAGAUAGUAGCUUUCCAAUUGAUAGCAUGCUCUCUAUGCAGACAGUUUUAUUAAUGGGUACAAAAGUAGAUGUAGAAAAAAUGAAACCUGUUCAAAAUAAUACAAUUGACAGAAAUGAAUAUGAUAAUAUUUUGGAAGAAAGUGAGUUAACUACAAAUCAUUUUCAUCUGAAAAACAACUCCACAUUAUGUAUGAAUCAUCAGUUUGAAACUGAUUCCAGUGAAGCGAACAAAGAAUGUUUUCAGAACUUAACUGCUAAGUGUUUGUCAACAGAAUCUCUGACAAUGGUAAAAGAUUUUGAGAUGAAGAGUAAAUUCGAUUUGGUUCUUGAAGAACUUCAUAUGUUUCAUGAAAUUAGUAAGGAAAAUGAAGUUCUAAGCCAUGUUGAAACAAACAGUGAACAAGAAAAUUACUUUGGAGAAAGUACUGGUGUUGAGGAGGUAAAAAUGGAGAUGGAAAAAGAUUUGAAAACAGUGGCAGUCAAGAAAACAUGCACAUCUUCGCUCUGUGAUACCAUAGCAGGGCCUAAAGUGUAUAAAAGACACCAAAAUUUAUUUAAAUGGAAAAUGAUACCUUCUAACACAGAACAGGAAGCUCCUCAUGGGUGUUGGUAUCCAAGAACAUCAGAGGAAGGAUCUCUUUCUUCUACUUCUGAGGAAGGUUGUGAAAAACCUUUACGUACCUUUUCCCCUGGUGAAUGUAAAGAGGAAAAAUUGAAUUGCUUAUCAAGUGAAGGUAGUCAUUUUUCACAAGGCCUUUCAAGAGUACAACCUCUUAUGACAUGCAGCCGACCGAUCAGGAUUGGUUUGUCAAGAAAAGCCAAGCCAAAACAACUUCAUCCCUAUCUGAAAUAG